AUGUCCAAAGUCAACACUUACUGGGUUUGUCUUCUGACCACAUGUCUCCUGUUACACGCAGUGAUCCCACCAAUCCUCUCUGCUCCUGGUCCUAAAGCCCGGAGCGAUGUCCAAAUUCGGCAAAGUCCACUCACACCCUCUCAGUUUGCUCUGGCAGCAACUCGCUUUAUCGUCAUGCUACCAUUCCUCCCUCUACUGAUGGCCGUGCCAGGAGCAACAGGUGUGCUCAUGCCACUUUUCAUGGCUCUUCAAGACCGCUUACAGACAAUCAUUCCAAACAUGCCCAAUUUCUUCCGGCCCCCGGGAUCAGACAGACCCGGUUCAGUUUCUAAUCAGGGAGGGGGAGGAGGAAUAGCUGGUGCCAUUGCUAACGCUUUGUCAUUAGGUGGUAACAGCGGCGGCAGUGCCACUUCUGGUACCGGAAGUGCGACCAGUGAGGAGGCUAAUCCAGCACCAACGUUUUUCAGGUACAAAAGAUCUUUCAUCAAGAGUCAAGUCAUCGACAGAAUUCUUAACAAACUCCCCCACAGAAGGAUAAAUAAUAGCUUUAAAGAAACUUUUGACUUUCUCCACGGUGCGGACGAUGUCCUCAACCAGUUGACCAGUAGGCAGCCGGACUGCCGGAGACAAGCUGUCUGCAGACUUCAUCAUUCAUUCGAUCCAGAUUUAGGGUCUUUCUUAGCCGGUAUUAUGCAACUAUUAAAUCUCGAAAGAAAAGUGGAAAAACUAGAUGUUUCUGACACAGCAAAAGAAAUCAUGAAAGACGUCCUUCAAGCCGCUCAUACAGGACUGUUCCAGAAAGACUGCACGACAGCUUAUUCUCACUGCACUAUUACAGUGCAUGACAACAAACGGCAAGACAGGAAUCCUUUCCUAUGGCUCUUAACCCUUCUCUUAUGA